CCGACAGCAGAGGUAUCUCAGACCCUUUUCACUUUUGAACAUGAUGCACCUACACUGGCUUAUAUUUUUGCUGAUCUCUUUGGGGUGGGUGUUUGAUGCUCAAGUGACGGAUGCUCAAAACUGCAGUGCUGUUGAAUAUGCUGAAGCUAGAAAGCGUCUAUUUGAACAUCUCGGCAUGGACAAGAAUGACCAACAAAAUCAGAAAAGCAGAAUGUGGCCCUUGAUAUUCAGCAAAUAUGACUGGUACUACGGUUCCCACCCUGCUAAGAUUUAUGUGGACCUGUAUGUGACCUCCAUCAUAAAUGUGGAUGAAAAAGCCCAGAGUCUCACGACACAGGUCAAAAUACUAACAGCUUGGCCAAUUGGGGAUUUGGAGUGGGAUGACACUCAAUUUUGUGGAAUUGACAAAUUUGUUGCCCCUAAAAAUAUGUUUUGGACUCCGGAUAUUGGUAUAGUGGAAAGCAUCAAGACAGAUUUUGGAACAAAGGAUUCUCCAAAUGUGAUGUUGUUCAGUUUCGGCUUUACAGUCUCAGUUGACUUUGUAUCUCUGACCACGGCCUGUAAGAUGGAUCUCUACAGGUUUCCCUUCGACUCCCAAAGCUGCAAUAUAACAUUUCAGUCUACAUCAUAUUCAAAGCGGGAGAUUACAAUUCAACCAAUAACUAAUCAAACUUUGAUCACCGGUUCAUCACAUGAGCUCUUUCAGGCCCAGGGAGAGUGGGAGCUCCUCAGUAUAAAUUACACUAAUUCUACCAUCACUAAGUGGAUUGAUUUGGAUCAGCUGAUAUAUCAGAUUCACAUUAAAAGGAGACCUCUACUGUAUGUCAUAAACAUUAUAGUACCAGUAUUUUUCUUCCUCAUUCUGGAUGUGGCCUCCUUCUUCAUUGUCAAAAAUGGAUAUGACAAGUUGAGCUUUAAAGUGACUUUACUGCUGUCUAUUUCUGUGAUGCUGCUGAUUCUUAGUAACACACUGCCCUCUACGGCUAAAAAACUCCCUCUGAUUG